GUCUCAUGAAUAAACAUCGGUUUUUAAUACUACUGCGAGUGGCGAGUACAUGGUGUGGAGGUUUGUUCGGGGGAUUUUGUCAGAAAACCCGUGAACCCCAACAAAUCUCCUAAAAAGAACCGCUUUGCCUCAUUUAAGUCAUCGGGGGAGAGCAUGGGGACUGUACGCGCAUCUCUGCUGGGGAUUUUACUGCAGUUAGUCCUGAUCUGCUCUGCACAGAGGGGACCGCCGGGUCCAAGAGGGCCACCUGGACCGCUAGGGCUUCCUGGAUUUUCUGGUGUUGAUGGCAUUGAUGGUGAGAGGGGUCCUGGUCCUGGCCCAGAUGGCCCCCCAGGCCCUGUUGGGGAGAAAGGCAGGGACGGAUUAAAUGGCCUUCCAGGAAAACCAGGAGCAGACGGUUUGACUGGGCCACGUGGUGAACCUGGUCCUCUUGGUCCCCCUGGACAGAAAGGUGAACCUGGUGAACCCGGAGCAAGGGGACCCCCUGGGGUUGGAGAGGAUGGUGAAGCUGGUGCUGAUGGGGAGGAUGGAUUACCUGGAGAACUUGGAAAAGUUGGGCCUCCUGGAAGCCAGGGGCCGAGAGGUCCUAUCGGCAGAAGGGGACUGCCUGGGCCCAGAGGUCCUCCUGGAGUCUGGGAUGGUAAGGAAUUGUGUCCAAAUGCCUGUACUACUGGUUUGACUGGCCACCCAGGCCUUGCAGGCAUGAAGGGCCACAAAGGGGUUAAAGGUGAAUCAGGUGAACCAGGAAGGCAAGGACAUAAGGGAGAGGAAGGAGAUCAAGGAGGACCUGGAGAGCCAGGCGCGUCUGGACCACCUGGUAAACAGGGUCUCAUAGGAAUCACAGGGAUGAUGGGCCCUAAAGGUGAUAAGGGGGUUCGUGGGAAUGUUGGCGACGUGGGUCCUCAGGGUAUACAGGGCGCCCCUGGUGAUCGCGGACAAAGAGGAAAAGUAGGUGAGAAUGGGCCAAAAGGUGCUGAGGGACCUCUGGGAAUGCAGGGACUGAGUGGUUUACCAGGACCAAAAGGAGAAACUGGUUUGCCUGGUGUGGAUGGUCGUGAUGGUAUUCCAGGACUGCCUGCAGUAAAGGGUCUUCCUGGGAAAGUUGGCUCACCUGGUGAAGCUGGACUUCAAGGACUUCCAGGUUUACCAGGUAUUCCAGGAGCAAAAGGCCAUAUGGGGGGAAAAGGAAAUACUGGUGGUCCAGGUGUGGCAGGUCUAAUUGGAAACAAUGGAAAAACUGGUGAGCGUGGUGAGCAGGGAGAGGUGGGACCAGUCGGACCAAGAGGUGGGCCAGGUGAGCGAGGAAAUAAGGGUCCUGAUGGGCCUGCUGGCAUGCCAGGAGCAAGGGGAAAUAAAGGAGAUCAAGGUCUUCCCGGUGUUCCAGGGCCUGCUGGCUUUUCUGGGCAAAAAGGAGAUAGGGGUGCUGUUGGUCUCACUAGUCCAAAAGGCGAGCAAGGGCCACCUGGUGAAGAGGGUAUAACAGGAGAAAAGGGAGAUUUAGGUGAUGAGGGAGAGCCGGGAGAAAAAGGAUCGACAGGAAAGCUUGGAGAUACAGGAAAUAAAGGACCAGAGGGUGGGCGUGGCCAGCCUGGACCCCUGGGCCAACCUGGAGGACCUGGACCAAGAGGCAUGCAAGGAGACCGCGGAGCACCUGGAUUACCAGGGGGACAGGGACGACGAGGACGAGGACCCACAGAUGAUCACAUCAAGGAUGUCUGCAGGAGGGUUUUGCAAACUCACUUUGCUCAGAUGGCGGCCAGUCUGAAGAGGCCCGAAUCUGGCAUCCCUGGGUUGACAGGUCCUCCGGGUCCUCCUGGACCUCCAGGGCCCGCUGGAAAUAAUGGCUUCCCUGGGCAUCCUGGGAACAGAGGACUGCCAGGUCUCAAAGGGCCACCAGGUCUUUUGGGAAGAAAAGGACCCAAAGGUGACCAAGGUGACAGGGGAGAUAGGGGUCCCACAUUGCAGGGACCCAAAGGUAUACCUGGACCACCAGGGCUCCCAGGUAACCCUGGUAGCCCGGCAUACGGUAAAGAUGGGCGUGAUGGCCUACGAGGACCGGUAGGUGUUCCUGGAAAUCCAGGCGUUCCUGGGCCACCUGGUCCUCCUGGACUCAACGGAUACUGCGAAUCAUCUCAGUGCAUCCCUCAAGAAAUUCCAGGGCCAACGGCAAUAAAGGACUCCAACAUGAAGGGACCAGAGAGUCUAUGAGUGGACGACCAUCAGAGAGUUGAACAUCAGAGCCCAGCAUCUCUGGACAAGAAUAUAAAGAAAGACUAAAGGAGCGACUCCCUUCUACAAGGAGAUUUCUGUGCUGAUGGUACAUGCAAGAGUGAUAAUACUUGUCAAACACUAGAGCGAAGGCAAGAUCACUUCCUGUUACAGUUCCCAGUCAUUCAGCCAAGAAAAAAAUGUUUUGACAUCAAUUUGUGUAGUAUUGAUAUCUCUGUUAAAAAUAAAAAUAAACCUAAAUAGUCCCAAUAAUAGCAAUGUAAUCAAAGUUUGCGAAAAUACAUGCUAAAGGUCUGGUAUGUUUUAAAUAGACUUUUACUGGACGGUGUUUUUAAUUUUCUUCAGCAUACAGUAACACAAAAUGUCACAUCCUGGUUGCUUUACACAUUAAAAACUGUAAUAAGGGUAAAGCUACGCUAACAGAAUUUUGUAAAUUUGUCAAUAUUGAACUCUUAAAGCAAUACUCCAGCCAAAUAUCUAAAUUACCACAUGAUUUACUCACCCUCAAGCCAUUCGAAAUACACGUGUCAAUCAUUUUUCAGACGAAACACAUUUUGGAGUUAUUUUACUAAAUGCCUUUAGUAAAAAAGGUUUUUCAAGCUUAUAACGGUAGAAAACAGGGAUCUUGUAAGGUAACAACUUCUGACUUUAAAAAAGUGCAUCCAUCAUUCACAGAAGUAAUCCACAUGGCUCCAUGGGGUUAAUAAAGGUCUUGUGAGGGUAAUCGAUGCGAUUUUGUAAGAAAAAUAUCUAUAUUUUAAACUUUUUAAACUAUAAUAACUAGCUUCCGGUAGCGACGCCAUCUUGGACUCACGCGAGGCACUGCGCAACGAACGAUCAAAACUCUCGUGAAUCGCGUGAGUCCAAGUUUCUUUACCGGAAGCUAAUUAUUAAAGUUUAUGAAGUUAGAAGUUGUUCCCUGAUCCAUUUUUUACCAUUAUAAAGCUUGAAAGUGCAAGGACAUUUACAAAAAUAACUUCAAAUGUGCUCGUCUGAAGGAUGAUGGACUUGUGUAUCUCGGAUUGCUUGAGGCUUAUAAAAUCAUGAGGUAAUUUUGAUUUUUGUCUAGAGUAUCACUUUAAAUAAUUUGCCAGCAUUUUUGUUUCAGUAUCCUUGGGUUGUUUCACUCAGAGAUGUCUUUGGUUCAGUGUAUUAGGGGUGAGAAAACAUGUUUAGGAAAAAUAUGUAGCUUUCUAUAUUUAGUAUUUAUUAUAGAAAGGUUGGAUGUGCAGUUGUUAAAGAGGGAAAAUAAAAGAAUU